GCUGGGGGAGGAGACUGACAUGGUCGUAUAGAUAGGACAAAUACACUAUCGACAGGAGGGGGUGGGCGGAAGCAGAAAAAGGAAAUUCCCUUCUGUCUUUUCCUUUCCUCUUCCUCAGCAUCUUGCGCUGCGCAGUGUUUGCGACACCACCUGGGAGCUGUGCGCAUUUUCUCGCUGUCUGAGGCGACCAGAGAGCGAAUAAACACUGCUGCCUGCAAACCGAGGAAUAACCAUUGCGGCUAAUUUUUAAUUCUUUUUUUAUAUAUAUAAAAAAGAAGAAAAUAAAUGCACUAAUGUGGAAGCAAAGGCAAAACUGAUGCCCGCUCCAAACAGGAUAUUUGACCAGGCUACAUUCCGUUAUUAUACUGAAACACAUUUUCACCGCUCUGCAGCAUUUUUUCAUUGGUCUGUUUCAGAAAUAAUUGCUGCGGGCUGAGCAAACAGCUUUCAUCGCCAGUUGCCUGUUACAUAACCGGGUGGCUUUAGCUGUCCAAGGUGCUGAACUGACCGCUCCGAACCUAUAACGGAACAAGCCGGGGGGGAAUUCUCAACCUCGCAAGGUCACAGGCCUAUAUCAGUCUGGGGAGGAGAAAAGCACGAGCUCCGGUCACAGAACCACCGGGACACCGUUGGGUUUUAUUCAAGUCUUUUACAUCGUAUCGUGGUCGAGAGACACCCCGUUUUCCUGAGCUGGUCGAUUCGGCAGAGAGAAAAUGUCGGGGCAGACGCUCACGGAUCGCAUUGCCGCUGCGCAAUACCAGCUAACGGGAUCAGAUAUGGCCCGCGCUGUCUGUAAAGCCACCACUCAUGAGGUGAUGCCGCCUAAGAAGAAGCACCUGGACUACCUGGUGUCGGCCACCAAUACCACCAACGUGAACAUUCCUCAGAUGGCUGACACACUAUUCGAGCGAUCCACCAACGCCAGCUGGGUGGUCGUCUUCAAGGCCCUUGUCACCAGUCAUCACAUGUGUGUCCACGGCAACGAGAGGUUCAUUCAGUAUUUGGCUUCCAGGACCUCCUUGUUCAACCUCAGCAAUUUUAUCGACAAAACUGGCUCUCACGGCUAUGACAUGUCCACGUUCAUCAGACGGUACGGACGAUACUUGAAUGAGAAAGCGUUCGCCUACCGCCAGAUGGCUUUUGACUUCACCAGAGUCAAGAAGGGUGCUGAGGGCGUGAUGAGGACCAUGACCACUGAGAAGCUGUUGAAAGGCAUGCCUGUUCUGCAGACUCAGAUUGACACACUCCUGGAGUUUGACGUUCAUCCCAAGGAGCUGAACAAUGGGAUCAUCAAUGCUGCAUUCUUGCUUCUCUUCAAGGACCUGGUCAAACUGUUUGCGUCCUACAAUGAUGGCAUCAUCAAUUUAUUAGAGAAAUACUUCAAGAUGAAGAAGAGUGACUGUAAAGAGGCGUUGGAGAUCUACAAGAGGUUUCUGACUCGGGUGACAAAGAUUGGGGAAUUCAUGAAGCUGGCCGAGACAGUUGGAGUUGACAAAAAUGACAUUCCUGAUAUCAACUACGCUCCCAGCAGUAUUUUGGAGUCUCUGGAAACACACAUGAAUGGUCUGGAGGAUACAAAGGGAGGAAAGAAGGGUGAAGGGUCACCAACAAAGGGAUCUCCGACAAACAACGUAUCUCCAACAUCGACUCCAGCCAAAUCUUCAAACGCUGUCCCUGCACUGCAGCCUCCUCCUGGGGAGAGUGCUGGUGCUGCUGCCGCCCCCUCUUCUGCUCCUGAGCCAGCCGAAGACUCCCUGUUGGAUCUGGAUCCUCUGUCCUCCUCGGGCCCUUCAGCACCAUCAGCUGCCCCCACAUCUUGGGGCGACCUUCUUGGAUCGGAAAUGGGCGACUCCUUGCUAUCUGAACCCACCCUCACAGCAGAGCCCGCCCCCUCCUCUGCAGCAGCGACACCCACUCCUGCAGCGGCAGAACCCGGGGUCUCUCUAGCUCCUCCCACUAGCACAGCAGCUGCCACCUCCCCUGGUGCCGCCAAUAUGGAUCUGUUGGGAGGUUAGUGAGCUUCCAGAAAAUUCUCUAUGAAAGAAUCACUCUGGGAAGCUCAACCCUAAAACCAUCAUACGAUACGAUAACACAUGCAUGUCCAGACACGGAUAGUAUGUAGACAGAACUUUGCUGGUUCAUCACUGAUAUUGUUUAUAUCCUUUAAGCAACGUUACCUCAUCAGAAACAGGGCGCUCUUAUCAAUCAGUACAUCAAUACAUCAGACUGAAAUUAAUAGUUUUUUAAGUUAAUACAAAACAGUUAAUAUAAUUGAGUAGAAAUUCAACUUCACUCAUGAUUUAAUUUGGUUCUGUAUUAAUUACAGUAAUUAUUGGUUAA